GAAAUAUAUUUCUGAAUUAGAGAAUAUUAUAGAUAAGAUAUUAUCAAAAAAGAAGAGAAAAAUAGAAGAGGAGAUAACUGACUUAAAUGCAAUAAAAAUAAUCAAAACCUGGAUAAAAGAAAUAUUUAAAAUUCAGAAUAAUAGAAUUAAAGGAGACAGCUCAGAAGAAAAGACAAUACAAAUAUUGAAAGCUCAAAAUAUGAUAACAAUAAUGAAAAAAGCUCAUCUUUUAGAAGAAAAUGAAGAAAAGAUAAAACUAAAAAAAAUUAUAGGAGAUGAGGAAGUAGAUUUAUUUGGAGAUAUAGUAAUAUAUAACCAAACAUUAUAA